GCGGUUUGUCUGGCUGAAUUUCAUCUUACAUGACUAUUUCUUAUGGUUAUUAAAGGCAGGUUGUGUUGGGAUAUGGCUGUGUGUCAUCUCUUAUCUGCUGUCUGGACAUGAGUAGCCACAUUAGUGAAGCUGUCCCUGGGUGCACUGUGGUGCUGUCUGACACAGGGACAAGAGCUGGCCUGAGGCUGUGCAUCCCAGGGCACGGAUGGAGUGUGCCCACCCCCACAGAUGCACCACAUUUCAUUCAGGAAGAACAUCAAGCAUCGUUGGAAAGGUGUACAUCAGGAAGGAUGCACGUCCUUAUCCUUCUGGUGACAUGCGGUGCUAGUCCUUACCUCGGGUUGCACCCGAACAGAGUUAUUUUUGCCUGUAAAGUUGUCUAGAAAUUCAGAGCUCCCAGGCAGAUGAGGGAAGUUGUGAUCACACUCAAGCAUUUUAGGGAGGCCUCCUGGUGUCAUCCCCUUGCAUUGUGUGUCCCGCUCCAGCACAGGCUUUGCCAGGGAGGUUUGUGUGUGCCCAGUGAUUCCGGGUCCUUACGCAAAGGUAGUGAAGGUUUCUCAGUGCCACUCCUAUGUCGAGAGCUGGGUUUGCUUCAGCAAACUGCUUGUAAAUUAUUCACUCCAAUGUUACGUAGCAGUGCUGUGAUCAAAGAUUAGUUCAUGCCUCCAUACAGUAUCAUCUGUUUCUUGCCCUGAUAGUCUUGAUUCAUCUGUAGGGUGGAUUUAGAUGCUGACCAAAAUAACAUAACUGAUGGGCAUCUGUCUGUGAAAUAUUCUGAUUAUGUAAUUGCAGUUAAUUUUAUUAACACUGCAGAUCUCCUCUAUCAUGAUGACUAGGGAAGUUUCUGGCUGGCUGCAUCAGUUCACUUUCAAGUGAAUGUUGCUUUGACUGUCAGAAGCGUGGACCAGUCUCUCCUAUGGUUUUAAUGCAUCUAUGUGUUACACUGGUGGUGUGCUUGACCAGAAUAACACCUGGAAGUGCUGGAAUUGAAAAGGCAUGGGCUACUGAUAAAAGUUCAUGGGCUGUACUUGAAUGACAAUCCCAAGUAAAGAAAACCUGAAUGAAUUCACUUCUUGAUUUGUGAGCAGUUUAAAUAAUGUAAUUACAGAGGUUGGCAAAAGAGCUGGCAUUCCAGGUUUAUCUGCUGUUGGGCUGUGCUUUAAUGUACCUUCUUGAGGCAUGCUCUGUCUCUAAUUUGUUAAAAUAGGAUCCUGGUAUGACUAGUUCUGUAUCUGACUAUUCCUUAGUCUUCUGUUGUCUCACCUCAUGAUUUUCAUACAGUGAUUUGGGUUUUUCUACUCUUUAAUACAUCUGAGGCUGUGCUCGUGCUGCCGGCCCCUGAAGGCUGGACCUGCUGGACCCUGUUGUAUCCAGGCUGUGGGUUUAGAUGGGAUAACACAGCCCAGAGAGGUGGGAUGUGCUGCCUUGUCGUCUGGUGAAUGAGGCCAGCCUGGUUUGCUAGGAAUGAGGAUGGCAAGUCAUCUUUUUGGUUGGGAACUAACUGUGAACCUUCAGUUGGUUUGGAAUGUAGGGCUCUGGCUUGGCUCGAUCUUUGUGCUGCUUUUAGCUGGGUGGCUGUGUGUUGAAGUUUGCUAGUAAAGAGGAUGGAAGCAGAAGUCUUGGUAACUGUGUGGUCUGUAAGAUGUAAAAAUAAACAAAGCUGAGAAGCUGUACCCUACUUAAAACAGACUGACCUAAAUUUCCAGCAAUUCUAGCAGCGAGGCAGGCUCUGGGUAGGGAUAAAGGCUUAUUAGUGACUGGCUUCUGGUCUGUUCAUCACUUGACAUGGUUGGCAGGCCACCUUUGGAAAACCUCCACUGGUGUCUGGAGUCAUUCACUCCCCACCUCAAGUUGCACAACCCAGGCUGUGGAUUUCCCUUGGUGUGCUUGUGUGGAGAGAGUCCCCUUGUUAUGCAAGUCAGCAGUUCAGGGACAGGGAAGUCAGAGCUUGAACCACUUCUCAAAUUGCUCUUGUUGGGGCGUUGUUGAAAACAUGUUUGAUGUCCUGUGGCUUGUCCCUGAAGAGGUUUCUUUUGAGGGUGUGUGUAUGUCUGUGAAGUCCAUUCAUAUUGUAGUUUAAUGUUCUUGCUAUCAAUUGCAGUUCUCCACUGCUGAAUUAUUAAUUCUACAGAGAUAUUUUUUUUGCUUCUUGCUGUUCAUUGACUUUCAUGCUUGAUUUAUUCUUCUGUGCAGUUUAAAACCGGAGCAUGGGAGUUCUGACAAUAUUAACAGCUCACAUGUAUGACCAGUGGUGGCUAAAUCAACUUUUUUAAUUGGGAAAAGGACAUCUGUCUUUCAAAGUACUCACAGUUUCCCAGGUGGAAGGCAGUCUGGGAAUGUCUGUUAUCCUCAGAAGCAGAUUGCUUGUCAUUUAACAAAACUGGGAUGGUCAGACAGCCGGUAGAGUGAUUACCCAUGUGCUCUGGAGGCAGUCCUGUGGGUAGCAUGAAGGGAGAAGGGAGAUAAGAGGAGGUGAAUCGUGUACGCUUCCAGCAGCCUUCUGUUAAACUUGGAAUACCACAGUUCAAGCAAUUGAACAGAUGGAUAAUGGAGACUGGGGAUAUAUGAUGACUGAUCCAGUCACGCUAAAUGUGGGUGGACACAUGUAUACGACAUCCCUCACAACUCUAACGAGAUAUCCUGACUCAAUGCUUGGGGCCAUGUUCAGGGGAGACUUCCCCACUGCCAGGGACUCUCAGGGCAAUUACUUUAUUGACAGAGAUGGACCACUUUUCCGUUAUGUUCUUAACUUUUUAAGGACCUCAGAGCUCACUUUGCCACUGGACUUCAAGGAGUUCGACCUGCUGCGGAAGGAAGCGGACUUCUAUCAGAUAGAACCACUCAUUCAGUGUCUUAAUGACCCCAAACCGCUGUAUCCCGUGGAUACCUUUGAGGAGGUGGUGGAGCUGUCCAGCACCCGGAAGCUUUCCAAGUACUCCAACCCGGUGGCUGUAAUCAUCACACAGCUCACUAUCACCACAAAAGUCCAUUCGUUACUGGAAGGUAUUUCAAACCACUUCACAAAGUGGAAUAAGCAUAUGAUGGACACCAGGGACUGCCAGGUUUCCUUCACUUUUGGGCCAUGCGAUUACCACCAGGAAGUGUCGCUCAGAGUCCACCUCAUGGAGUACAUCACAAAGCAAGGCUUCACGAUCAGGAAUACCAGAGUUCAUCACAUGAGCGAGCGGGCCAACGAGAACACAGUGGAGCAUAACUGGACUUUCUGUAGACUGGCACGGAAAACAGAUGACUGAUUCUGGCUCCCCAGGAGCCACUUCAGUGAUUAGCAACUUAACUGGACACUAAUCCCAAGAGAGUCUGGAUUUUGACUAAAGCAACAAUGUGGGCUUUUUUUUAUACGACUAUUUAUUGUUUCUCUGUAAGGACUGGAGGAGUUUCCUUCUCUAGCAGCUCUGUCCUUUUGUCCUGUUCUGAAAAGAAAACCGUGCAUGUGCCUGUUCAGUCAAGACACCUUUUUUGUUUGAAAGAGGGAGUCCGAAGAAUUAGUCCAAUAGGGUAUUUUAUGUCAUUAACACAAUUCUCUGACUCAAAGUGCUAAAAUUACCUCUGUUUAAAUGGUUUCUAAUCCAUCUAACGCGAUGACACUGGGAGCAAGAAACAAAAAAGAAUUUAAAAUGCAGUUGGGGAAAAGCUGCUAUCAUGUAGACUAAUUUAGUUUCUAAAUCAAUAAACAGUAUUGUAAUAUUCUAGGAAAACAAAUCCCCCCUUUUAAAAGUACUUGAUAAGUACAGUUUCUUACAGUUAUGACAACUGUUUCUUUCUAUGCAUAUAAAUCAAGCAACCAAAUAUUAUCUGUAGCCAUGGAAAUAUGAUUAGAAAUAUUUAUAUUGGAUUCUAAAUGCAAAAUGUCCCUGUGGUAGAAUUCAUAUUUUUAAUGCCUGGUGCAAUAUUAUUCCCAAGUGUAAUGCCUGCCAGCAA